GUAGCACGCAGCACUGUCUCCGGCCUCUUCUCUCCCUGCUUGCGUCAUAUAUAGUGUAGUGCAGGUCACUGGGCAGAGAGACCAAAGCAGCAGCACACAGCCAGACGAAACAAACAUCACAUCAUCAUCCUGGUUCCAACGAACCUGCAGCAGUCGGUGCCAUGGAAGGCGGCCUGAGCCCCGAGCGGCACGCGGCGGCGGAGCCGGUGCGGUCGCGGUGGACGCCCAAGCCGGAGCAGAUACUCAUCCUCGAGUCCAUCUUUAACAGCGGGAUGGUGAACCCGCCCAAGGACGAGACCGUCCGCAUCCGCAAGCUGCUCGAGCGCUUCGGCGCCGUCGGCGACGCCAACGUCUUCUACUGGUUCCAGAACCGCCGCUCCCGCUCACGCCGGCGCCAGCGCCAGCUGCAGGCGCAGGCGCAGGCGGCCGCGGCCGCGGCGGCAGCCACGGGAUCCUCGUCCUCGUCGGGAUCGCCGCCCACGAGCGGCGGCGCCGGCCUCGCUCCGGGCCACGCCGGCUCGGCGGCCUCGUCGACGAUGGGGAUGUUCGCGCACGGCGCGGCCUACGGCUCGUCCGCGUCCGCGUCGUGGCCGCCGUCGUCCGCGGGGAUGAUGGGGGACCUGGACUGCGGGGGCGGCGACGACCUGUUCGCCAUAUCGCGGCAGAUGGGCUAUGCGGACGGCGGUGGCUCCGGCUCGUCUGCGGCGGCGGCCGUGUCGCAACAGCAGCAGCACCAGCAGCUUUACUACUCGUGCCAGCCAGGGAGCAUGACGGUGUUCAUCAAUGGCGUGGCGACGGAGGUUCCCCGGGGCCCGAUCGACCUGCGGUCGAUGUUCGGGCAGGACGUGAUGCUAGUCCACUCCACCGGCGGCCUCCUCCCCGUCAACGAGUACGGCGUCCUCAUGCAGAGCCUGCAGAUGGGCGAGAGCUACUUCCUGGUGACGAGGGGCUAGCCAGCACGGCGCAUUCUUGGAUGCUAUUCUCGGAGAUAGAUGCAUCAUGCUGCGUACUGCAAAGUGCCAGACGAUCAUCAGGAGCUUGCAAGCUAGCUACGUACACCUAGUAGGUAGGAUAUGUGCACGCGUCGUCAGGCUGCAGCUACCUAGCUGCUGGUCAUCUAGCUCUGACAUGGAGGGUAUACCGAGACGUGUGUGAUGGAAUUAUUCAGGCAGGCAGGCAGGCAGGCAUGCGUGCAUGCAUGGAUACGGGCAGUAUAUAAACAGCAAGCAGGGACGACAUGAUCGAUAUACUAGAGAGAUAUAGUACUACAUAUAUGUGCAUCCACAUCACAUUUCCAUCCAUCUAUGUGUAAUCAAUCAUAUAUUUGAGUCAUAUAUCAUUGGAAGGAACCAUUAUUUGCCAA